CAUUCAAACGAAAAAUGGUCGUCGUCAAGUAUGCGAAUGACAUAUUUAUAACGGAACGGUUUAUUAAAUGAUUUUCCAAAUAUAUUCUUAUAUUCAAGAUUAUAUUUAAACAUAUCCGUGAUUUUUAUGAUAAUUUAAUCGGUGAAAGACAUGGAUGUGUCUAGUUGAAAAGUGAUUUUCUGUCCUUUAUGGAGACGCACGCCAUCUUUAGUAGUAGUGUUAUAAGUCGUUCGUGUAAAAGUUGGCUGGUUGAAUUAAUUACGAAUGUAAAUCGAAAAGAAAAGAUUAAUUGUCAUAUUAAAUUGUGAUUAUUUAGAUAAAAGACAUAUUACUUAGAAAUUGUAAAGGAAACGUUUGGAUCGCGUAGUUGACUUCCGUAGUACCGUGUCAUGCGUUCACGAUAUCUGAUCGACGUGUAGCGAAUACGUAGUAGAUUUUGGUGCGGGUCGUCACCCUAGUGAUGUUAAUAUCGUUUUCGAAUAAAAAUUUGUCUCUAAACGAUAACAUCGAUAAAAAGUUUUGCGUUUCGUGUGGCAGGGUGAUCGAGGAAGCAAAGGUCGAUCCAUCAUUAAUUAGUACAACCGCCAUCUUAACAUAUAGGUAACGGAACUAUCGGAAUGACUAUAGGACGCAGCACGUCAUAAUGGAAUAAUACUACCUCGAACCCGCGUAAAGUUAACCACGUGCAUCCUAUGCUAUCCAUAUAUUAAAUCUUAGUGGCGUUUACGUUGUAACGUGUUCAUUGAUACCGUUCGUCUUAUGCUUUUGGCUAAAGCCGUUAUAGAUUUUGUCCUCGGCUACAUAAAUGCAUUGUGUUUAAUCAAAGAAUCGCGGAAUCGGACCGACAUUUGCGCGCCUAUUAAUAAGGCGGGCUAAUAUUUUUCAUACGAUACAACUAAUUAUCAGAAGCAGUCUAUUUAUUUACAUAUUUUAUUGAAAGACAUUAGAUCUUUUUCCAAUGAUCCAAACGCGGAUUCCUUUCUUUUUGGAAUGUACGAAAAGGCAUUAUGGGUGAAUAUGGAACGACGGAAAUUAACCGUUGAUUUUUGGAUUGGUUAAUAAAGCGCAUUCUUAUGUUAUAGAGCGAAUAUGUAUGAUUAUUAUAUACGUGUUACACGCCGUACACCACCGCCCGUCAUAUUUUAAUAUUAUAAACAGGUACUAAGGAAGACUUAUGCUUGUUUCUUCCCAAUCUUUCUCUCUUUCUCUUUCUCUCUCAUUCUACCCGAGCCCUUUCUGUUUCUUAUCUUCUAACAUUGUACGACAGCUGCUAUUCGAUAGUUUACGAUAGCUAGCUCAUAUGAUAAGGUACCGUAACGAGUAAACAAGUAAAUGUUUUCAUAAACACGUUCGAAUUCCAUUCGAAGUAUUCAUUAUUUGUUUACGAAGUAAGGGGGAAGGAAGAAACUUUCACCACGUGGGUCGGAAAGAAACAGAAUCUUAGCGAACGUUCAACGAAUGCUCGAAAACAAAUUUACUAUUUUAUAUUUUUUCUAAAAAAAAAAAUCUAAAUAAAUAUUAUUUUCUUAUUACAAGAAUAUAAUUUUUUUCAUAUUAACAAAAAAGGAUAAUUGUUUUGUAUACAUUGAGAUGAGUCAGAAUUGGCGCGUUAAACUUCGUGUAACCUCGUGUAACUUCGUGUAACUUCGUGAACGUUCGUAGGAAUUUUCUAUAGAAGGAAGCGCGGGAAGGGGAGAGAGACAGGUAUUACGGAAGGAACUACGGAACAGGACCAUCCGGUACGUCGCGUAAGAAUGCGUAGCCAUUGUUGGUGCUACGGUCGUUAAGUUUUUAGAUACAAGAUCGUGAUGGAGAAAAGGCUUUAGGCAGUGCAAGUUGAUAGGAAAAUGUAAAUGUAACUCUGCACGAUCCAUUGAAGGGAUAUUUACGUGAGAGACGAUCGUCCAUAUUAAAUUGUGAAUCUUGGAACUGUUGUAUACAUAAACUCAUCGCGGUCGUCGUAGGAAGUAGUAGUAUCAGAGCGAAGAAGACGUCGGUGGCGGCGGUGGUAGUAGUGUAUAGUGUGGCAGCGGUGGCGGCGGCGGGCUAGCGAUAGCAGCGACAAUAACGGCAAUAGCGAUAUUUCAAGUACUAAAGUGUAGUAAGUAUAAAGUCGGGAAUAGAGAAGUGCAGUGGGACUGCAGACUGCGUUAUCCGAUGCACGCGUUCGAGAUUGUGCCGCGAGUUCACGUUUGUGAGAGUGGGUGAGUGUUUAAUUGGUGUGGUGUACUCGCUGAAUCGGUUACGAGGAAAAUAGUAGUGGUAGUGGCAAUCGCUAAGAUAAAGACGGAUUAAUACGAGGAGGACGAGGACGGCGGUGGCGGUGGUGGUGGGCCGCGGCGGCAGCCAUAACAGCACCAAGGCGAGCAAACUAGUAGUGAACGCAGGGAGAAAGCGUGCUUCCGAACUCAAAUAGUACUAGUGUUUUUCCGUGAUUCGCUAUCCAAAGGAAAGUGGGCCCAUUAACGAUCAGAUGUUGCUAGUAUCGCGAGUAUUGACUGGAGGUACGGAGUAUCACAGCGGUAUACAGGGCUGACAUUCAAAGUACUACCAUUCGGUAGGCUUUAGUAGUGUUAUGCCUCCUCAGCAUCAAUCUCCGUGGUUGCAGUGCGAUUCUCCCAACAAGCAAUUAAUGAGCAACCGUGUUCAAUUCAAAAUAUUUAUUUGCCAUCUCAAUUGUUGAUGAAGCCUCAUAGCAUCGAGCAUCAGCGUAAGGCAGUUACCUGCUGCAUAGCAUUUAUGUACCAUAUAUGUCCGAAAGAAACGAAGUCAAGAUGCAGCAGGUGGAUACUAUUUCACAAAAUAAUUCGUUAGAUGUGGAGGAGCGAGAAAGGCUGUGUAAUAUACCGAAGACGAGUGCCCCUGGUAAGGCAUCGGCCACACCAGCUACGCCGGGGAAAGAACCACCUCCUCGCGAAGAGCCAACAGUGGAACCUGUAAACGGUGUUGUGCAACCACCGGUUGUUCCACCUCCUAAUCGUCCAGGACGAGUUACAAAUCAAUUACAAUUUUUGCAAAAGGGUGUACUAAAACCAGUAUGGAAGCACCAAUUUGCCUGGCCUUUUCAACAACCUGUAGAUGCGAAGAAGCUAAAUCUGCCAGAUUAUCACAAAAUUAUCAAACAACCAAUGGAUUUGGGAACAAUAAAGAAACGAUUAGAAAAUACAUAUUAUUGGUGUGGAAGAGAAUGUAUUCAGGAUUUCAAUACAAUGUUUACCAACUGCUAUGUCUACAACAAGCCAGGAGAGGAUGUUGUAGUCAUGGCACAAGCACUCGAAAAAUUGUUUCUUUCGAAGGUUGCACAAAUGCCGAAAGAAGAAGUGGAACUCGAUCCUCCGGUUCCAAAAGGGCCCAAAGGCAAAAAAGCUGGCAAAGUAGGAGGACUAGUUGCUGGAAUGACAACAACUGGAAGUACAGGAAGAGGUCGUCCUUCCUCGGUAGCAGCAGCUGUUACAUCCAGUGUACCAAAUAGUUUGGCACCUUCAGCCACCUCGGCGGGUACAACUGGUGUCAUACCUAUGCCUCCUCUCGGAACACAAGCACCUGCUUCUGUACCGGGCAGUACGAAUACAACUACUAUUCCUCCACCGUCGAGCUUAGGAGUCACUCCAAUGGCCACUCACAACUCUUUGCCUCAACAAGUUGUCCCUCCAACGGGUGGUUACCAUGCGCAACCAGCUAUGGACCCACAAACGGCAUCAGCUGUACCACCUCCACCUCAGGUUCCCACAGCUCCAACUGUAAUGCCUCCAUCCCAGCCAGCCAAGUUGAAAAAGGGAGUGAAAAGAAAAGCUGACACUACAACCCCUACAGCUAAUUCGUUCGAACCAAUUUAUGCUCCAUUGGAUUCUAAGAAUGCAAAAAUUCCAGCAAGACGGGAAUCUGGUAGACAGAUUAAAAAGCCAACGAGGCAAGGGGAAGACGGCUUAGUGUCAUUUCACCAAGCCAACAUGCCCUUGAUUGGGGCUAUGGGCCAACAGCCUCCGCAUAAUAAUGGAAAAUCUAAAGAAAAACUUUCGGAAUCACUUAAAUGUUGCAAUGAGAUUUUAAAAGAGCUUUUUUCUAAAAAACAUUCGGGUUAUGCAUGGCCUUUCUAUAAGCCAGUUGAUGCAGAGCUAUUAGGUCUGCAUGACUAUCAUGACAUUAUUAAGAAACCAAUGGAUCUUGGUACUGUAAAGAUUAAAAUGGAUACUCGCGAAUACAAAACAGCCCCAGAAUUUGCUAGUGAUGUGAGACUUAUAUUCACCAAUUGUUACAAAUAUAAUCCUCCAGAUCAUGAUGUCGUUGCAAUGGCUAGAAAACUUCAGGACGUCUUUGAAAUGAGGUACGCAAAAGUACCUGACGAGCCUUUGGGAAGUAUGUCAGUAAUGAAGGGUAGCAGUAGUAGUGGAAGCAGUUCCGGAUCCGAAAGUUCUUCCGAUAGUGACGAUUCUGAAGAGGAACGUACACAGAAAUUAGUUGCUCUUCAACAAGAGCUUAAAGCUAUGCAAGAACAAAUGAGAAAAUUAGUCGAAGAAAGUGGUAAAAAGAAGAGCAGAAAGAAGAAGCCGGAAAAACCAAAAUCAAAGCCAAUGAGUAAUAAAAGUAGUAGCCUUGUUGGUAGUCAUACUGGUGCCAUGAAAGAACUUAUGAAACCAAGCGGCGGAAUUCCCAGUGUUUCUGACAGUGUUGGUACUAGUAUAGCUAGUGUUGCAAUGGGCGCAAGUGAUCUAAAAAUGCCUGGUGGUAUGAGUAGUGAUCUUCACCAUCCAGCGAUAGCAGUAGGACCAAAUAAAACACAUACGACAGGAAGUUUAGGUCAUCAUUUGCCAACUGCAACGAAUGCUAAAUCAAAAGGUAAAGGAAGAGGUCCUGGGAAGGCUACUGCAGCUAAUACUGCAUCCAAAAGGCCGAAAGCGAAUAGUAGGUCAAGUGGGAAUAAAAAGAAAUCAAUCAAUCAACCACCUCCAAUAACAUUUGAUUCAGAGGAUGAAGACAAUGCUAAACCAAUGUCCUACGAUGAAAAGAGGCAACUUAGCUUGGAUAUUAAUAAAUUACCUGGAGAUAAACUAGGUAGAGUUGUUCACAUAAUACAAUCUCGGGAGCCUUCAUUGAGGGAUUCCAAUCCAGACGAGAUUGAAAUCGAUUUUGAAACUCUAAAGCCUUCCACCCUGAGAGAGUUGGAAAGCUACGUUGCAUCAUGUCUCAGGAAAAAACCACAUAAAAAAGUUAGUGGAAAAUCAAAGGAUGAGCAAAUAGCAGAGAAAAAGCAAGAAUUAGAAAAAAGGUUGCAGGACGUAACUGGUCAAUUGGGGAACGUGAAGAAAACUGCUAAGAAAGAAGACAGUAGUAAGUCAGUCGACGUAGUUGGAACUGGAGGUGCCAGUGGACCUUCACGAUUAUCCGCUUCAAGUAGCAGUAGCAGUGAUAGUGAUUCCAGCAGUAGUUCACUGUCGUCGAGCACCAGUGAUUCGAGCGACAGCGAAGCAGGAAACUCUUCCAACCGUCCACCUAGAAAGAAGACGAAGAAGAAUACUCAAAGUGCACCACAACCUACGACAUCGGCAACUGUUGCUCCGGCACUUAAUCAUACAGGAAGUUUAUUAAUGAAUAGUCAACCAACAACAAAUUCUGCGGGACCAAUAGUAAAGGCAGCACCAGUAACUCAGUCUAGCAAUAUUCCUGCUGAUCAAGGUGGCAAUAAUCAGCAAUCUGUAGCGGUAGCCGCUGUUACCGCGAGUCAAGGGAUGCCUGUUGCAAGUCAUGCAUCUAUGCCUGCCCAACCUCCGCGACCGACUGCAAUGGCUACAGCUGCACCUGUUAAAAAGCCAACACCGCCGCCUCCGACUACUUCUAAUCCACCAACUCCAUCAGUAUCCGUACCAACACCACCACCCAGUGUUACGCCGACUAAUACUAACACUGUGGUAGCAUCACCAGUUGUGCCUCAGGCACCACAGCCUCCAGCAUCUGUUAAUUCUUACCCAAAUGCGAAUACGCCUGUUUCAACGGAUGGAACAACAUUAAAUCAACAGACGGACCUUUUGCAGCCAUAUAGCAAUCUCGCUUCUGUUCCUACAACGCAGUCAUUGGAACAAAGUCUUGCUAUAAAGAAAGAUACACAUAUACCAAUGAUUUCAUCUCUUCAUACAAGUAAUAACACGAAUUUAAAUUUACUGCCAGAAAUAAAAAAUCCUGUUAAUAUGAUGCCUACGAGUAUGGCGCCGAAUAUGAAUCUGGGAAAUAUGGUUAAUUUAAAUAUGAAUAUGCCACAAGGAAUAACAGCGUCACAUAUGUCAAUGCACUCUCAAUUAGAAAAUAUGAUAAAUACAACGUCUCCUUUGACCAACAUACCUAAUUCACAUGUUACAAUGUCACAACAUUCUAACGGAUUUCCGAAUGUAAAGCGUGACACUUCACCACCGAACAUGUUGAAUAAUAAUGGCAUUCCAGCAGUUAAUGUGGGAAUGAACAUGACAGGAAUUUCAUCAAUUUUUGAUCCUAUCCCUGUAGUUUCCAUGCCAAUGCAGAUUUCACAAGUACCUUUAAAGAAAGAUGAGAAGCAGCCUCUUCCUAUCUCGCAGCAACAAAUGGCACAAAAAAUAGAUGAAAUGAAUGCAUUGGGUAUACAAUCGAUGGGCAAUCACUCGAGUUCUCAGCUCUUGCCUGAAAAGAAAAUGACUCCACCCGAUUCAAAAAAUCCUGCUUCAAACUUUGCAUCAGCUUUUAAGAACAAGACCGUCGAACAAAACGUUAAGAAUGCGUCCUCGUGGUCGUCCUUGGCUCAAGCCUCGAGUCCUCAAUCUACUGCAGGAAGUAGUAUGAAAAGCGCUGCUAGAGAUACUUUCCAGGCGUUCAAAAAACAAGCCAAAGAGAAGCAAGAUAGGCAAAGGGCGCUUUUGGAGCAACAAGAGAUGCGUAGACAGCAAAAGGAACAAGCUGAGCGAGAACGACUGCGACAAGAGAACGAAAAAAGACGAGAACGCGAGGAAGAAGAUGCUUUAGAGAAAGCAAGAAAAUCUGUUGGCGAACAACCAGGUACCUCUAUGACUGCCACAACAAGAGCUGAAGAAGUUAAAGCCAUUGCUGAUACGGAUAGCAGUAGUCCAAGUCAUUCAUCUAAUCAGGACAAAGCUGCCGCCGAAAGAGAACGACAAAGGCUACGGGAACAAGAACGAAGACGACGUGAAGCGAUGGCUGGUGCAAUUGACAUGAACAUGCAAAGUGAUUUGAUGGCUGCAUUUGAAGAAUCAUUAUAAUGUUGCUAUUUACUGCUCAUAAUAAAUCCAUUGAAACUGGGCAGGACUUGGAAUAUUUGCCGCUGGACAAUAUCUACAAAGACAUUUUAAUGAUAUACGUUCUCCCAUCUUGUUUAAUCAAAUCUAGAAAGAAAAAUAGUGAAAAAAAGAAAAAAAAACAAAGAUAGAGAACUGUUAUAUAAUUAUAAUGUCGAUUUUAAAAAAGAAAAAGGAAUGAGAAACAAGGGGUCGGUACCGACAGUGGAGGAUAAGGGAAAGGGACAGAGCGCAUAACAGCAUUAACAAGUUAUCAAUGUAUAUGCAAUAACAAGGCAAGCAGUGUACUUGUUUGUAAAAUGGUGGUGCAGUUGGGACAUUCCAACGAAGAAGCCUAAAAAAAACGAAUCAAGUUUAAACGAUCAUCGCGUCUGAUCGUAAUCGGAUUUCUACAAAGACGGUAUACAUAUAUAUAUCGAUAUAUAUAUAUUUGCAAAUGCAUCAUUGUGAAAAGAUGGACACCCAAGUGUGACCAUGUAAUUAGAAAAAAAAAAUAGUUACACGGAAUACUUCGAAAAAUAUUAUACACUGAACUCUGUUGUGUUAAAUUUUUCCGGUUUUCAUAAGUUUGUAUUGAUAUGUACAUUUAAAAAUUUAUCUGGAAUUUUUAUUAAGAAAUGAAUGCGAGAGGGUGAGAGAGAACGCGCAUGAGAUAGGUUUGCGUGAAAUAUAUAUUAAGCGAAUGCGUUAGAUCAUAAGAAUGAAAGAGGGAAUGUACGGAAAAAAAGAAAAUGAAGAAGGAGAAGAAGAAGAUGAAGAAAAUGAUAAUGAUGAUGAUGACGAAACAAAAAACAAAAACAGAUAUUGCGUAUAUUUAGUUAAGUUUUAUAUUUUUCCACUUUCAGUCAUUAAUCGUUGGUAGGAUUUACAUAGACGGUGUUUCUGCCAAUAGUAAAUAGAAUUAUUCGCUAUUAUUAAUAAUUUCAUGUAGAUUUUUCUUUUGCAACUAUGAAUAUAGAAUAUUGUCAUUUGUCUUUACCUUUAUAAAAAGAGAACAAGAGAGUGAGAGAGAGAGAAGUGGGGGGCAGAUAGGGAGGUAGAGACAAAUGUUCGCGUUUUAAAUUCAUCCGCGAACUUGCAAUUCAUACGCGCGGAUUACUGCAUCGAUUUUCAAGUUAUUCGCGUUUAACUCAUCAUAGAACAAAGUCGUCAAUUAUUACGAGUUAUUGAAGAAAAAUAAAAUAAUAAAAUAAAAAUAAAAUAAUAAAAUAAACUAAACUAAACUAAACUAAACUAAACUAAACUAAACUAAACUAAAAAAUGAGGAAAAAAUAUUAAAACGAUAAGAGAAAAAAGAUAAUUGUAAUUUCGAAUGUAGUUUAACUCGAUCUUAUACUACCAACUAUUAGAACGGACGAUUCGCGGUACGAUACGUAAAAUUAAAUCUCGGAUAACGUAUUACUAUUUUACGCGUCUCCCGAUGGUAUAUCCUGGCCUGUAAUAAUUAGGAUAUUGUUUAACAAAAUAUAGAAAAAAAAGAUAUACAAUAAUCAAACAAGCAAACAAAGAUAAAAAAAAAAGACAGAAAGAAAAGAAGAAUUUAUAUUUAUUCGAUCAGAGUCAUACUCGUACGAGUUUGGUAUCGUCAUUGAGAGAAUAGGUGGGGGUGAUGGGGAUGACAAGGGACUCUUUAGAUAAAACAUUAUCACAAUUUUCGAUCGACAAUUUUAUGUACAACUUAAUUAUGUAGUUUCGAGUUAUCGUCUACGAUCUUCGUUGUACGAUGAAUGGAACAAUAGAUGACAAGAAUUUUGUUAACGAAAUUGAAAGUCGAGAGUACGUCGAUGAGUGGAAAGAGAAAGAUAGCAACGCGAAAUAUUAAUAAUUAAUAGAAGAGAAGGUAUAAUAGCGCGUGAUCAUUCAACGAUGAAACAUUGACGAACGUAAAAUCAUCUACCUCGAUCGUUUCAAAGUAUACAAAAAUAUACAAAAUACAAAACGAUAAGAAUCGUAGAAAGUACUCA